AUGUCCGUGGGAUUCAUCGACGCCGAUGGCUUGCUCAGCGGAGGUCUGGGGAUUGUCGACUUUUUCAAAGGCCUCCUUCCAGAAGACCAAGCACCGCAAGGAACCACAGUCAACAUCAAAGUCGGGAUAUCUCGAAUCGGUGAUGAUGUCAACAACCUAGGCGGAAAAUUCAGUGCUGUCUAUGGUUUCAACAUUCUCAACGAAUUCAUCGGGCAAGCAAAUGGUCAGAAAGUGGCAGAGGGCGAUUCGGUUACCUUCACGAUUGAUCAAAGCUCUCCUGGCGAACAAGCAUCUUUCGUGGGAAUCUCGAAUGCGGCAGAUGCCACUUGUAUCUCUUGGAUUGCCGUCGGACAGCGCGACGAUACACCUGGAGGCGCAUGGACAGGAGAUAUCGGAGCUGAAUGUCUACAAAGAUGGCACGUCGGCAACCAAAAGGCUGGCAAGUUCAAGGACUCAAACGUGGACUAUAUUCCCAGAUGUACAUGGGUCGACUCUGAUUACACAGAUGGUACCGUCAGUGCAGCUAUGAAGUUCAGAACUUCGGCGUAUGGCGAAAAUGUCCAAGAUACAGUGGGCAACAACGAUCAUUGCGCAUUCACUAUCUUUGGAAAGGAUGAUGGAUCGAUUGCUGGACAACUUGCCAAACGAUCCGACUUCGACCGUCCUGAAUGGAUUAUCAACCGCCUCAUCACUUCUGAUAUUUCAAGUCAGCUUGCAAAAGAGCUUUGCUACUCCAACACAUCCUGGGGUCCUGACUUCAUCGGCGCCGAUGGAUACUUCUGUGAAAUGAGCAAGAAGAAACUCUUGCCGCUGUGUUCAACGGAGGACGUCAAUGGAUGUAUCGAGUACGAUGCUACAGAGAAGACCAUUCUGAAGCGCUCGACAAUCGCAAGAUGUGAGGUCAAGUCAGUGCACAAGUCCUACGAAACCAUCACUCAUAACAGCAAUUCCUCCUGA